AUGGAAGAAUAAAGAAAAGAAAAUAAUUAAAUGUUGUGGGAAAAAUUGACAUAAUAGAGAGAGAAUAAAGAAUAUUUAGAACAAGUCUAAUUACAAAGAGAAUAAAACAUCAGAAAUUAAACAAAAAUUGAAAGAUUUGAAAAAGAUUUGUAAGAUUAAAAGGAAAAAGCGGAAAACCAAAGAAAAUAAAUGGAAGAAAGAAUGAAAUGUUUUAGAAAAAAACCAAUAAGAAGAAAACGCUGA